CAAGCCUGGAUGAAGGCAGAAGGAUGUGCAACUAUUGAGAAAGUGAAGAAACGAUUCGACAAGGACAAGUCGAAGUACAAUCCUAAAGAACUUCCACAUGAUCAUAUCAAGGCAAUCUGUGCUUUCAGGGGUCAAACUAAGAUAUACCCAGAGUUCAACCAAGCAGUCCGGACCAGUAGAACAGAGUACACAACCUCCUUCCAGUUCCACUCCCUUCAUUUCCUCCUGACUGACGCCAUUCGCCUCCUGAAACUGAACCAAAAGUCCUGUCACACCACGUAUCGAAGAAGCAACAUGGAGUUUGUUAGUAAAGUUAACAAAGUAAUCAGAUUUGGCUUCUUUGCCUCCAGCUCUCUCGACAAGGGAAUUAGUACAAAAUUUGGAGACAAGUCUUGCUUUGAGAUAAAGACAUGUUUUGGCGCUGACCUGAAGUCCUUCCCCAAUCUGGGGAAUCAUGAAAAGGAGGUGUUGAUUCCACCGUAUGAAGUGUUCAGAGUUACUGCUGUGCUGAAGAAAGAGAAUUAUAAAAACCUUUGGUGUGAUGUUGUGUACACACUAAAGAGUAUCACCAAGCCCCGGAGUAACCUGAAUUGCAAACUUUUUAGGUAAACAAUUAUUAACUAAGAAAAUCUCUUGAUCUUGAGUCAUUGAUUUAAAUUAUAUCCAGGGUAAAACAUCCACUCUGCUUAUCCUCUUAAAGCCAAACAAUGUGUUUUCACUGUCUAAAGAUUUUAAUGCAGUAAGUUCAUUGGUGAAUGUUAAAUAGAAACCUCAUCCUGACCACCAGAAAUAGUGAUUAUUAAGAUGUUUGUAUUAACCUGUGUAUCAGACUCCAUAGGAGACUUUAAAGCACUUAAAUACCUUCUGCAGCUUGUGGCAAAAUGAAUAAAG